UCCCAAUCCAAAAUUCUCCUGACCUCUACCAAAACACACAUGAAGAAAAUGAGGAGAGUUCCAGCAUUGGAAGUUUUCAUCAGCAUUGUCCUAAUGAAUCUUCAGGAAUCAUGGGCUAUCAAAGAAGAGCAUGUGAUCAUCCAAGCUGAGUACUUUAUGCAGCCUGAAGACACAGGAGAGUAUAUGUUUGACUUCGAUGGAGAUGAAAUUUUCCAUGUGGAUCGGAGUAAGAAAGAAACCAUCUGGCGACUUAAAGAGUUUGAAAAUUUUGCUAGCUUUGAGGCUCAGGGAGCAUUGGCCAAUUUAGCUGUGGACAGAACCAACCUGGAUAUCAUGAUGAAGCGCUCCAACAACACCCCAAAUAUCAAUGAACCUCCAGAGGUGAGUGUGUUUACACAAAAACCAGUGGAACUAGGAGACCCUAACGUCCUCAUCUGUUUCAUUGACAAGUUCUCCCCACCAGCGGUCAAUGUCACCUGGCUUAAAAAUGGAGAACCAGUUAACACAGGAGUAUCAGAAACAGUCUUCUUGCCCAGAGAAGACCAGUUUUUCCGCAAAUUCCACUACCUUAUCUUCCUUCCCUCAACUGAUGAUGUCUAUGACUGUAAGGUGGAUCAUUUUGGUUUAGAUAAACCACUUCUCAAGCAUUGGGAGUAUGAAGCUCCAAUCACCUUACCAGAGACAAAAGAGAAUGUGGUGUGUGCCCUGGGCCUGAUUGUGGGUCUUGUGGGCAUCAUUGUUGGGACCAUCCUUAUCAUGAAGGGAGUUCGCAAAGCCAAUGCUGGUAAUCCUCAAGGGCCUCUCUAAGACACUUGCAGAAAGAAGACCAAGAGGAAGCAUUCCAAUUGCUUAUAUAUUGUGAAAAUACCACAAUAAUGAAAACAAUCAUUAUUCAAGAAUUCCUGUACCUUUACCAACUCAAAGAGUGAUGAUACCCUUUCCAGUCUCUCCAUUCUUAGUAUAUAGUAUUCUGUUUUGUUUUAUUUUUUACCCAUUUUGCAGUUUGUAUCCAUUUCACACUGUCAUUUUAUUGGCACCUGAAAUUUCUGUAAUGCACUUCCCAAAAUUUUACUGUGCUCUAGAAUCUUUAAGUGUU